AUGGAACUCUCAAAUGGUGAUUACCUUGAUAUGCUUAGACAAUGGAAAAGCAUUGAUAAAGCAGUCCGUGGCACUUACGAUCCAAGUUUGCCCAGGCAUGCAAAGAUACGAAAAUUGAUGGACAAAGCCAUGCUAGUUGUCAAACUGUUAUACAAGGUGGCCAAGGCAUUGAAGUCUCAACGCAAAUGGAACAAGAAGUAUGCUGCAAGUCUUUAUUUUCAUUGGAGACAUCUUUUCCCCGAUGACGCCUUCAGACUUCAAAUGACCCCCAGCAACAAGCCUUGCUUUCUCAUGCUAAAGCUGGUGCAACAGGCAAGAAGCGGGGAUCCUACAAAUUAUCAUCAAGAGACACCUCCAUUGCCGUUUCAAAAGCCUAGAACCAAGGUUGACAAUGGUAUUAUUAAGCUUGACAAACACAGGGCCAUCAAAAAAGAGUGGGAAGAAGUCUACAAUAUGGCUGUUGCUCGAGCAGUUCCCAAGUCUUGGUAUUAA